UGCGUGCCGCGAUGAGGAACCCGUCCACUUCGAGAUUCUCCACCACCGCCACACCAUGACGUCUCUGAUCGAAGCCGCAGCCCCCGCGCCGUCGACGUGUCCGUCCUCGGCCUCUACCAUGACAGAAGACAACGUUGUACGCACGGGAAUUUUGUACAAGAAGGGCUCGAAGACUGGAUUCUUUGGUCGACGGAAUUGGAAGCCGCGGUACUUCACCCUCACCUGGAACAAGCUGUCGUACUACCUGCACGAGGGCGGCGAGCUCAAGGGCGAAAUCGACUUGCGCCAAUGUACUUCGAAAGACAUUCAAGUUAUGCCAGAGGAUUGCAAGAAAACAGGACACUCUGCAUCGUCGAUUUGGCGCAUUUCCGUGUCGACUCCUGCGCGCCGACUCUUCAUUGCAGCCGUGUCCGAGUACGAAAUGAACGAAUGGCUUGAGGACCUUAUGGACGUCAUAUCUCGUCUCGAGCGGUCGGAAGGGAAGGCAAGCGAUGUCGUGCGGCCGUCGGACGUCAAUCUACCUACUAGCUUUGUGAGGCCAUCGUUGAUGGACUCGGUGGACCUGUUGGCGCGCGCCAACCCUCGUCGGUUCACUCUCAUGCCGGCCAGGGUCCACCUUCGGCGAAGAGUGAUUGCCCAGCAGCAGAGGGACCGGUUUAGCUGCGACGGACUUACAGUGCCGGUGGCAUAAGCGCAUUCUCACGAGCAAGACUGCCUCGACUUAAUAGGAUAUUUAUGAACGUGCAUGUCAAACGACUGUGUUCGCCGCUUGCUGGAGGAAUGCGCUGGCCACUUCGUCAAGAUGAGAUUUUGUUACGCUGUCGCGCGAUAAUCGAAUCGUGUGUUCGUCGGUA